UCCUUUGUUGGCAGUAGGAGUUGGAUCUUCGCACUGAUAGCACAUUCUUGUGACCAUUUCAUUUUGAAACCAACAUUUUGGGCUCAUCUAAAAAAAUGGAUUUUCGGCUAUCAAUCAUCUUUCUUGUAUUCAUCAUUGUGGUUGCAUCAGCUCUGCCCACUGACAACACAAGUCAUCGAGACAAGCGUGACGUCAUGGAAUCAAUGAAGAAUGCCUGGAACGAGGUAGUGAAGACUCUUAGUGACGCCGGCGAUGCUGUUGUUCAUGUAUUCAAGCCCACAGAGAAAAGUGUAGUAGACAAAGUUGCAGAUGGGGUCAAGAGUCUUACACAAUAAAUCGAUUUUAGUGAUGUCCCCAACUUUUGUAGGUAUUAAAGACUGCGUUUCUGCAUAGAAUUACUUUGUAUGCUCUUAAAUAUUGAAUAGCAAUAUACUUUUUUAUGUAUGCUUAGAACUAUAAAAAUGUUGAACUUAAUAUUAUUGACAUUAGGUGUCUAUUUUAAAAUUCAACAAAAUGUUUACAUUUAAAAUUGAACCUUGUAACAAUGGGCCACAGACGCAGUAAUUUCAUGUAUUAGAUUAAAUGCAUUUUGUUGCGAAAUGCACCUGAAAUGGUUUUAAUAGUUAUCGGUCGCCUAGAAUAUAUCUAUCUACUUGUAUCUUCAACUGAAAUUCUACCCAUAAUUGUACGAUGUAGUUUAAAUUAUAUACCUAAGUGUAAUAAGCAGUAAAUAUUGUGAAACAUUAUGAUGUGAAUACAAACAAUAGAA